AUGAAGCCUACAAGGGCUUUACUAUUCGCAACAAGGUCAACCGCUGCUCAGGAACUUGAUCGACUGGAACUUGUCGGGUUCAUCACAGUCGUGAACGACGCACCGUUGACUGCACCUAUUGUCGCAGUGAAGAAGGCAAGUGGCAAGAUACGCGUCUGCGCUGGCCUCGCAACUUGCCUUAAGGCUGCGUUGGACGACCACCAGUACCAAGUGCCAGUACCAGCCGAUAUCCCUGCAAACCUGUAUGUCGGUAAGCGUAUUGCUAAGGUUGAGCGGUCCGGUGCUUACCUUCAGUUGAGGGUUGACGAUCAACGCUCACCGUUGGAUAUUCCAAUACAAGUGCUUGCCCUUAGGAGUAAAAGCGGCGCCAGGCAUUUUCCGACCUUUGCUAGAUACCAUGAGAUUUUUGGGCUAUCCUCCUAG